AUGCAUUUGAACAAUGUAGCGCAAUGGGCGACGGUCAUUUCUUCACUACUCCUCCGAGGAUUGGCUUUUGUGUUUCUUCGCUGGAUACCCGGGCAUCCAUUUCCGCCGCUGAUAUAUACCUUGUUUGCUACCUACAUCCCGGCUUUCUGGUAUACGGCAACACACACAAGUCCAUUGAGCGUCGUCUCCGAUAGGGUCGUUAUCACGGAAAAGGAAAAUGUUCCGGAAGAUGUUGUCCAUGUCGAUGGCCGAUACGUCGACGGCCCAGUGGCUGAUCCCGGGAAGGAACUGGUCGUUGAAGAGGAAAUCGAAGUGGAAGAGAAAGAUGCUCAACGUCUCAUGACUCUUUUGACGGGUUUGCCGAGUCCGACAAGUUUGAUUUGGAGUGUUGUGACUUGUUUGAUUAAUUUGGUGCUGGUGGGAAUGGUUGCUGAUUUGGUCUGGCGAGCACAUUACUUUUACCCAAGUCAUGAUCUGUCCAUGGCGAGGGUGGGAUAUGUUUCGGAUACGACGGCCAAGAUUCUUGUACGAGAGCCGGAUGUUGCACGUUUCCCGGUCUUUGCAUCGUACCGUCUGGCGGAUGGGGAUGAUGCAGAAGAUGCAUGGAAAUCGGCGGGAAGCAUUACCUGGAUGGACAAUCGUACUGAUUUCACCGACACACUCACAUUAACUGGACUGCAACCCGACAGUCGAUAUCAAUACACCGCCAACAAUCAUACCGGCUUCUUCACCACCGCACCACCAAUAGGCCGCAUUUCCACCCGAGCUGACAAGGGAGAUUCGUUCACCUUUGUCCACUCCUCCUGCAUCAAACUCAACUUCCCUUACAAUCCCCUCUCUCAUCCUCUAUCCGCCGCAGGAUUGAAACAUCUAACACAAGCAAUCUCCGGACUGGGCGCACAAUUCAUGCUCUUCCUUGGCGACUUCAUCUACAUUGAUGUUCCCCGCCGCAAAGGUGUCGAUUUGGAGUCCUACCGAAGAGACUAUCGUCAAGUCUAUGCUUCUCCAGAUUGGCCGCAAGCUACAGAAGAUCUCCCAUGGAUCCACGUUUAUGACGACCACGAAAUCGCCAACGACUGGGACAAAAACACCACUGCUCCUUUCCUCUCCGCGAACGACCCGUACGAACACUACCACAUCGCCGCCAAUCCUCCAGCCGCAAGAUCCGGAGAGACAUACUUUACCUUUACUCAAGGCCCCACCACCUUCUUCAUGCUGGAUACCCGUCGUUACCGCGAUCCCAACGAUAACACCAACGGCUCCGAUCCCAUUACAGGAGAAGCUACAAAGACAAUGCUGGGGAAACAUCAACUGGCCGAUCUUCUCGAAUGGCUCCGUCGGGAUGAGCCCGCAGGAGUGAAGUGGAAGAUUGUCAUCUCCAGCGUCCCCUUCACGAAGAACUGGCACGUCAACGCCCAGGAUACUUGGCGGGGAUAUCUGGGAGAACGUCAAAUCAUUCUCGAAGCAAUGUGGGAUGUAGGAGGUGGUGUUGUCGUUCUUUCAGGCGAUCGGCAUGAAUUCGCCGCUACUGCUUUCCCUCCACCUCCUCCACAGAUACAAGAGGGAGGAGUGGAAGGGAAGAAUUGGCCCUUAACCGCCACGGUACAUGAAUUCAGCGUCAGUCCGUUGAAUAUGUUCUACCUCCCUAUCACGACUUAUUGGGAGAGUUCGACGAGUCGGGUGUAUACGAGUGAUGUUUGCUUGAAGUAUGUGCGGAAUGGGAAUAGUAAGGUCGGRGCGGUGAGUAUUUCUGAGAUGGGGGAGGGGGAGGGGAGCAGGUUGAUGUAUCGAUUGUUUGUUGAUGGGAAGGAGGAGUGGAGGUAUGCUGUUACUGCUACGCCGCCCGAUGGUUGA